AUGCGGGUAGUGGAGAGGAAGCGGCCGCAGGUGGAGGAGGAGGAGGAGGAGGAGGAGGAAGAGAGGGCGGCAGUGAAGCCGGGGGCAAAGGGGCGGAUAUGGGUGGUGGAGAGGAAGCGACGGCGAGUCGACCAGGAGGAGGAGGAGGAGGAGGAGGAGGAGGAGGAGGAGGAGGAGGAGGAGGAGGAGGAGGAGGAGGAGGAGGAGGAGGAGGAGGAGGAGGAGGAGGAGGAGGAGGAAGUGGGGGUUGUGGAACCCUAA